AGGUUUGUCUGCAGCUAGAAAUCAUUUUCCUAUCUUCACAUGGGGCUGGUUAAAGUGAAUGCAAUCACCUCACUCAGUUAAUGCUUUUUACAUAUAAAAAAAAGGGAUAGAGUAGUCAUCCCCAGUCCUCAGUGUUGGGUGUCCACUUUUCUUGGGGAGUUGAGUGGAUAGUGAUAAUGGUGAAGAUUGGGGAAACAUUUGGGGAGUCCGGCAAGAAGAAGAGUAGGAGGGUCUUGUUAGGAGUUAGUGCUUCUCUUGUAUUCCUUCUAGUACUGGUGGUGACUGUGGCGAGAGUCUCUGUGUCUCCACACAAUUCCCAACAUCAAAACUGGGCAGCUCACCCCAUCGUCAAAUCCUCCUGCAGUGCCACUUUGUACCCAGAGCUAUGCUUCUCCGCAGUGUCAUCGAGGGAAGGGGAGGAAGCCAAAAUCACGAAGCCAAAGGAUGUGAUUGAGGCGGUGUUGAACUUCACCAUAACAACAGUCCAGCACAACUACUUCACGUUGCAGCACAUCAUCAAAACCCGCUUAGGCCUUUCCCCGCGGGAGAAGGCUGCCCUCCACGAUUGUCUGGAAAUGGUGGACGACACCCUCGACGAGCUUCACAAGUCUGCUCUUGAUCUCCAGGACUAUUCUCUCAACAAGUCCAUAUCCCAACAAGCCGACGACCUCAUCACACUGUUGAGUGCCGCCAUGACCAACCAAGAAACAUGCAUUGAUGGAUUCUCCCACGAUGGGGCCGACAAGAAGAUUCGGAAAGGGUUGAUGGAUGGCCAAAUGCAGGCCUUCCGGUUGUGCAGCAACGUGCUGGCCAUGAUCAAGAACCUCACCGACACUGACAUGGCCGCCGCAGCCUCUGCUGCUGGGCGGCAGCUUCGGGAGGAGGAGGAGGAAGCGACUGCAACAGCAAUAGAGUGGCCCGAGUGGUUGUCCGCCGGAGAUCGGAGACUGUUGCAAGCGUCCACUGUGACGGCGGAUGUGACGGUGGCUGCGGAUGGCAGUGGAAACUAUAAGACAGUGGGGGAGGCGGUGGCGUCGGCGCCGGAGAGGAGUAGUAAAAGGUACAUAAUAAGGAUAAAAGCAGGAGUAUACAAGGAAAACGUGGAGGUGCCGAAGAAGAAGACAAACAUAAUGUUCGUGGGAGAUGGGAGGACCAAUACCAUCAUCACCGCCAGUCGGAAUGUGGUUGAUGGCAGCACAACCUUCCACUCUGCCACUGUUGCGGUGGUGGGAGACGGGUUCCUAGCGAGGGACAUAACUUUCCAGAACACAGCAGGGCCAUCAAAGCACCAAGCAGUGGCACUUCGUGUGGGAUCAGAUCUAUCGGCAUUCUACAGGUGUGACGUGCUUGCAUAUCAGGACACCCUCUAUGUUCACUCCCUCCGCCAGUUCUUCGUCGGCUGUCUCGUUGCUGGCACUGUUGACUUCAUCUUCGGAAAUGCUGCUGCUGUCUUGCAGGACUGUGACAUCCACGCCCGUCGCCCAAACUCAGGUCAGAGGAACAUGGUCACCGCUCAAGGCCGAGAUGACCCUAACCAAAACACUGGCAUUGUCAUCCAGAAGUGCAGGAUCGGUGCAACCUCGGAUCUAAAGCCCGUCCAGAGCAGCUUCCCUACUUAUCUGGGGAGGCCAUGGAAGGAGUACUCCAGGACCGUUGUCAUGCAGACAAGUAUCAGUGAUGUGAUCAACCCAGCUGGGUGGUACCCUUGGAAUGGCAAUUUUGCUCUGGACACCCUCUUCUAUGCCGAGUAUCAGAACACAGGGGCAGGUGCAGACACCUCCAAGAGGGUGAACUGGAAGGGCUUCAAGGUGAUCACCAGUGCAAGUGAGGCCCAGGCUUUUACUGCCGGCAGUUUUAUUGGGGGAAGUAGUUGGUUGCCUUCCACCGGCUUUCCCUUCUCUCUGGGUCUCUAAUUCUGUUUCACUGCCAUUAUUUGACUAGACUCCUCCCUGUAUCUCCAUCUCCCAAGUAUCUCCACAUGCAUGUAUGCAUGAUUUGCAUCAAUUUUCAGUUUCAUAAUAAUAAAACCGCAUUUCCCCCCGCUGACGGAAAACCGA